AUGCCUUCUCGCGAGCGCCGAGUGUGGUCCUGGGACGGCCUCGCAAGUGGCCUGGCCCCGAGGGCUUCCCGACGACAGUCAGGCUGCUUUGGGACGACAAGGCCCUGUAUGUCUGCUGGGAAUUGGAGGGUGCCACGGCGGCGGCGAUCGAUGAUCUUCGCCAGAGCCAGCUUGGUGGAGCCUGCGGUCCUCGAGGGACUUGAGGGCGGGAGCGUUCCCGCCAAGAUGCGCUCGGUGCUGCUGGACGAGCGCGUCGAGUGCUUCCUAUGGCAGCCAGAUGGCAGCUCCACCCCGAUCGGCCAGACCUACUACGCCUUCGAGGUGAACUUCGAAGGGAAGAUGUUAACGAAUCGCGCCGUCUUCAACGGAUCCUUCGACUUUCACUGGGACUCGGACUCUGCAGCCAAGGCCUGGACUUCGCAGCUUUCUGUCGGCCACUGCGAUUCCGCGAGCCCUCUGCCAACUGCGGAAUCGCCUGCACCCACGAAGCGCGUGGUGUUCGCCCAGUUUCGCUGGGAUGCCAUGAAGAUGGAUCCAGAGAAGGAGAUUCGGAUCGGCCUCCACCGUGCGCAGCACCCGCACAAGAACGAAGCAGGAAACUUCCUGAGCCGAGAGAUCUCGGAAGCCCUACUCCGGGGGAUGAUCUGGACGACCUUCGUCGAUCCUGGGGAUGCAGAGGUCAACUUCCAUCGCAGCGCCCUCUUUGCGAAGUUGCAGCUGCAGCCCGCUAGUGCCGACAUCAACUGCUCCUGUUGCGCAGCGCGGCUUUUCUCCUCGAAGGCACUCCGCGUGGUGGAGUCGCCACGUCCUUCUCUUGACGAGUGCCCACCAGGCUCACUGCUGAUAAGAGCAAGGUAUGCAUCUCUUUGUGGUUCUGACAUUCCUUAUUUUCGAGACAUGACAUCGCGAGCCCCCAGCUGUUAUUGGGACCGCGACGGCUUUUGCGGGCAUGAGGUGGUAGGUGAGGUCCUGGAGUCCAGCACCGAAAGGUUUGCCAAAGGGGAUUCCGUUCUCUCCUUGCCGUCCUCCUAUUUUAAGGCCCAUGUUGCGACGCAGCAAGAGUGGUACGACGAGGCGGUACACAGCGUGCUUCUCACAAACUUUCCAGUCCGAGGGGGUUUCAGCGAGAUCUUCACCAGCCACGAACUUUGCACGUACAAGAUCAAGGAGUGCAUCCCGCGCAUGCUGGCAGCACAGGCGUUGGGCACCCUCCUCCGAAUGUUCAGGAGGAUGGACUCAUUCUUCGGCAAGAGCGUAGUGAUCCUGGGGCAGGGCCAAAAUGGUCUAAUGGCUACGCGGCUGGUUGCCCAACUCUGCGCAAGGCACAUCCUCGCUGUGGAGCCAUUGGCCUUCAGACGUCGCAAAGCUGAAGAGUUCGGCGCGACCAAAGCCGUUGCGCCGGAGGACGCCGCCGCGGUCGUUGCUGCAGCUACUGGCGGUCGUGGGGCGGAUGUGGUGUUGGAGAUGGUUGGUCACAACCAGGCCACGAUCAACGAUGCUUUGGACCUUGUUGCAAAGCGCGGUACGGUGGUUGCAUUUGGCGUGCCGGAUGAUGCAGUUUACGGAACUUUUCAGUUUGCGAAGUUCUUCCGCAAGAACGUCACAUUGAUGUCGUCUGUGAUACCAGAUCCAGGAAUAGAUUUUCCUCAAGCUGUGGAGCUGAUUGAGCGAGGCAGCUUUAGCACGGAAGGCAUCUUCACCCAUGUCCUCCCACUCGCUGAAAUUCAACAAGCUUUCAAGAUGGCGUCUGAGAAAGUUAACAGCUAUGAUGCCAUCAUCAUUGGCGCAGGGGUGAUUGGAAAUUCCAUUGCGACCGAGCUUUCUCGCAACGGCUGGCGCACGCUCAACGUCGACAAGCUUCCUGGAGCCGGUCAGGGCUCGACAGGCUACUCUUCCGGCAUUUGCCGCACGAUGUACAGCUUGCUGGAUAGUGUGAGAUUUGCCUGGGAGGGGUAUACCUACUUCGACAAGUGGGAGGAACACAUCGGUGUGAAGGAUCCUCAUGGGCUCGCCCGACUUCGACGCUGCGGUGCCUUAGUCCUGCGGUCGGAGGCUUCGCAGCAGUUCCUCGACCGAGUGAUUGCAAGCCACGACGCCGUCGGGCUGCCAUACGAGAACUGGGAGGCACCAGAAGUGAUGAGGAGGCUGAACUUUGAUCUCCAGAGCUAUGGCCCCCAGGUGCGCAUUGAUGAUGAUGCUUUCGGCGAACCCAGAGGAAAGCACGUUUCAGGUGGAGUGUUUUUCCCCAUGGCAGGCUACGUCAGCGACCCGAUGCUUGCGGCUCGAAACCUGCAGACCGCAGCCGAGGCAACGGGGCGCGCAGAAUUCCGGUUCGGUGAGACGGUGACCGCCAUCCGCCGGGUCGGCGGACGAGUUGCAGGCAUCAGCUGCGCCAGCGGCUUGGAGCUUGACAGUCCGGUGGUCAUCAAUGUGGCAGGCCCACACUCCGCGCAGGUCACCCGGCUGGCUUUCGAGGAUCCGGCGGAGAAUGACAUGGCCAUCAGCACCAGACCGAUGCGCCAGGAGGUUGCAUACGUCAAUCCCCCACCCGGCAUCUCCUGGGACGAGGAUGGCCCAGGCUUGAUAUGCACCGACCUGGACGUGGGGGUGUACUUCAGGCCCGAGGUGGGUGGCAAAAUCCUUGUUGGCAGCGUCGAGCCGCAGUGCGAUGAGGACUACCACAUCUACCCUGAGGAUCCCGAGGCAGUCUAUCCUGGCAGAGAGUUGUCCACUUUGACAGACCAGUGGACCAACCAGGUGUACCGCCUGGCCUUGCGGAUGCCAUCGCUGAAUCUACCCGACUCCCAAAGUGCGCAGGGCUGCAGCGCCUGCUACGACGUCACCGAGGAUUGGGUUCCCAUCUACGACAAGUCUUCCUUGCCAGGCUUCUACAUGGCCAUCGGUACCAGCGGUAACCAGUUCAAAAAUGCUGGUGUCGUGGGGCGACUCAUGCGUGAGCUGAUUGAGGCCACGGAGGGUGGCCAAGACCUUGAUAGCAACCCUCUCGAUUUCCAGAUGCAGAGGAUUCCAUGUGGCGGAAGUAUCAGUUCCACUACCUUCUCCCGCAAGCGGCAGAGGCUUCAGACCAGCGGCUCGGUUUUGGGCUUGCGGCCAGUGUAUAGCGAAGGGCCCCUUGGGCUCAAGCUACCUCUGCCAACCGUGUCUUUGCAGGUUGGCGAGGCUGUCGCGAUGGCGGACCCAUCAAAGCCCACAUCAACAGCGCGAGGCAUGCUGCCAGGCAUCCCACAUUAUGUCGACCGCGUCUCGGCCGAGUGCAUUUGGAAGGAAACCUUGGAGAAGGAGACCAGGCUGUUUCAGGAGGGUCGGAAAGCCAAUCCUGGUCCGCCUGCAUACGUCAUGAACUUGGCCAACGCUCAGCGCCUGGGCGACCCCUUGGCACUCAAAAUGCGUCACAGCCGCUUGGAAAUCCUAGCUCCCAAGGUGGAGAAGAACACUCCCCAGGCCAUCAUGUCCGGGGAGAACUGUGAUCCAAAUAGCUUUGACCACAAUGCCCUCAUGCACACCAAAAAGAUGCCGUGCCAGAAGUGGGACGUGCCGUGUACACGGGCGCAGGAGAUUGGCUGGCUCAUUGCAACUCGAAGCAGUGCCCAGGCAGUCGAAGCGAUGAAAGUCAGGAAGAGGUAUCCGGAGGCAGAGGCCCUUGGCAUUUGCCCACCGCCGCGCAGCGAGUCGAUGCCCAGCCUCGAUCGGCGGCUUCCCGAAGCUCCACCGGAUAAACGGCUCAAGCAGCUGAACAACAACAGGUUCUACAGACCGAAGACGUUCUGCGACAUUACUAUGUACGCUGAUAACUACAUGGCCACCAUGCACCAUGACCCGUUACUUUGCGGCACCUGCGUUUCGUUUGCCUUGUCAGUGCCUUUUGCACAGUGCCGAGCUCCCGGGAGAGAACUUGUUACGGCCCCGGCCCGGAGAUUCCCUGCUAGCUUCCAGUUGUACAGUACAGGUGCUACAGCGCCAAAGCACGGACGCUUGCCUCGAAAGCAUGCCAGACACAAGAAGUCUCUAAAGCGCAUAGUCGCCCAGACCCAAUACAACAGAGAAAGCACGACACAUACACACACCCACACACUUGGUUUGACCGUCGAAUGA